GUCGAUAUCCGCGCAUAUAAACCCAGGGUCGUUAUAUUAUGCAGCAUCAUCUGGAUAUGUGUGCAAAAAAGUUCAACUUCUGUCAAGCCAUCUAAUGCCUGAUGUCCACCAGAUGCAUAUGAGUUUUGUUUUACCAGAUGUCUUGUCCGCAUUUCUGUACAUGGCACACGUGCUUCGCUUUCCAACUAGCUUAAAGCUAGCUAGUUGCAGUGUGUGUACUUCUGUUUGUACCACCGCAUGGUAAAGCAACCGAAGAGUUGAAAAUAUUGAACACAUGCAGGCACAGAACUGCACCGUUGACAAGGAAUGACUUCCACCUGAACGCAAAGAGUUUGAUGCAUCUGGUUGACAUGAGGCAUAAGUAUACAAUUUGAUGCAUACAUUUGAUUUAUACAACAUAUGCACCACCACACAGAACCCACUGCAACUGCUUCUUCAAUGCUGCAAUGCAAACGCAGCGUUCCACUGGAAACGAAUGUAUUUCUGGUGUACCACAACGCAGUGAUGUAGGUUUGAUCGCAACAUUAGGAAGUAGCCACUAGAAUGUGGUGGGAAAGUGUGUUUCAUAAAGAAAGUAUGCAUAUUUUACAUGUUCUUUUUUUCUUCCUGCCUUCGCGCCAUUAAAUAUUGUUAAGGGGAAAAUCUACGCAUUUGCAGCGUGAAUGGAGAAUGUUUUAGGUAUGAACCGGUUCACGGGGAUACGAGUGUAUUGCCCGCUGCAUACAAUGCAUUUGGACUGUACAAUGAAACCAUCAAUACCAAAUAUCGCCAUCUGCCGGCCUUUGGGCUACCCCCUAUCCACGGUCACACACACACACACACACACACACACAGCGGUGGGGCGGGCAACAUGGCGGCCUCUAUCUCCCCGCUACGCUCCUCCUACAGGAUUUGUAACAGUCUAUCCUUCCACCACUGCCGAGCCAAACUGCGGAUGCACAGAAAGUGCGACAGCCAGAGAAGACAUCUCCAUGCGUCAGUCACCAGGCAUGCUGCGGUGGUCGUGUCAGGGACAGAGAUGGCUCGUCAGAUUCACAGAGAGAUCCAGAGGGAGGUGGAGGAGCUGGUCACCGGCGGCAACAUGAGACCCCACCUGGGUGUGGUGUUGGUUGGGGACGACCCGGCUAGUCGCACCUACGUCAGGAACAAGACCAGAGCUGCUAGUAUACUGGGUAUCUCUAGUGACACGGUGGUCAAACCUACCUCUGUCUCUCAGGAUGAACUCCUGGAGCUGAUAGACAAGAUGAACAGAGACUGGAAGGUCUCGGGCCUGCUGGUACAACUACCUCUACCAGGGCACAUCCAGGAGCGCGCCGUGUGUAACGCCAUAGCUCCAGAGAAGGACGUGGAUGGGUUUCAUAUCGUCAACAUAGGGAAGCUGUGUCUGGGACAGACGUCUAUGGUGCCUGCUACACCUGCUGCUGUAUGGGAGAUCAUCAGGAGAGCAGGUAUCGAGACAGUGGGGAAGAACGUGCUGGUGGCGGGACGCUCUAAGAAUGUAGGCUUGCCCAUCGCCAUGUUGCUUCACACAGACCGCAACCACCAACGCCCUGGAGGUGAUGCCACGGUAACCAUCGCCCACAGGUGCACCCCCAGAGAGCAGCUGAAGGAACUGACCCGUCUGGCCGACAUCGUCAUCGCAGCUGCAGGUGUGCCUGGGCUGAUCACAGUAGACAUGGUCAAGGAGGGUGCAGCGGUCAUCGACGUGGGUAUUAACCGUGUCCCCGACCGGACCACAGGAAAACUACGACUGGUGGGCGACGUGGACUUUGAAGGGGUGAAAGAGAAGGCGGGGUUUAUCACGCCAGUUCCUGGAGGGGUGGGGCCUAUGACGGUCGCAAUGCUGAUGAAGAACACUGUUGCUGCUGCCAGAUACGCACUGACACACUGAAACACACACACACUGAAACACACACUCCAAGCAGAGCCAUACCAAGCACGUUACCACACUCCGUACAUCCAGGGGUGUGUGUUGCUUUAUUCCAUGUGUUUUAGUUUUUUUUUAUUCAAGUUAUAUAAGUUAUUUAUUUUGAAACUCUUUUAUUUGAGAGUUUUUAUAUGUGUGUUUUUUUCUACCGAAGCCGUUUAGUGUUAACCGUUACUGAAUAAUAUUACGGCUGGUUCAACUGGAAGACCAAAACAAAUAAUAAAACUCUCUAAACUGG